UGACCCUUGGACCUUGCUUGGGGCUGGAUCUCGUGCGAGUUGCAUGAUCAUAUAUUCAUAUUCAUACAUCCCCAGUCCCCAGUUCCACUUCACCUCAACUAACAUAAGCCCUAGAAAUCCCAGACGUCUUCCUCUUGUGUCUUCUCUACCGUUUUUUAAUACGAUCGAUCAUAGAUUUCUCCUGCGGCUUUCGCUAGUUGUUGUUGGACAUAUUAGGGUUUCCAUCCCGACUUUCAAAGAUCCCUAACCACUAACGCUUGAGGGAGGGCUGUAGGUAGCUGCGAUGGUGACGGUGAAGAAGACGAAGAAGACCCAUGAGAACAUCAACAACAGGCUUGCUCUCGUUAUGAAGAGCGGAAAGUACACGCUCGGCUACAAAACCGUCCUCCAUUCGCUCAGAAGCUCGAAAGGAAAGCUUAUAAUUCUUUCAAAUAACUGUCCGCCUCUGCGGAAAUCUGAGAUCGAGUACUAUGCGAUGCUCUCUAAGGUCGGCGUUCACCAUUUCAAUGGAAAAGACUGGAGCGUGGAAAAACUGAGUGGGUUUCCUCAGUCAGUCUAGAGCAGUGACCUUAAACUACAUGCUCCAUCAAUUUACAGGUCCAUUCCAUCAAAACCAGGAAUGAAGGCCAUAAUGGAUGUUUCUUAUCGUCCUUCCAAAGGUUUUAUGGCCAGCCUUUUUGUUUAAAUUCUAAUACUUAUGAUAGUUCGACUCAUUUAAUCUGUAUUUUUCUGGUGUGCAUGAAAACAGUUCGGGGUAUGAUCCUAAUUCUCCCGGAGGACCAAUGGCACCUGGAAUAGUCUUGGUAUCAUAUCAAAAUUAUGCUUCAAGUAGGAAAAUUGACUUUAGGCCUUUGUGCCGUAGUUGAACUUGCUGAGCUCGGAAGGGAUAUGUUUUUAAGUAUUAUUGACUAAGAGGCCCUUGUUACUGGUGUGACCAUGCACACUAGUUUUAUCUGAAAGCAUUGCCAUGAGUUCAUGCAUUUGAAACUUAUCCAUAGGUGCGAGCUAGGUGGUACCUGUACUCCAAACUGGUGCCCUUCAUCUAUGUUCCUUAUAAAUCGAAGAUCUUUUGAGUCCUUGUGUUCCGAAUGCAUGAAAGCUGCUGAUAAUUUCGUUGGCAGGCUUUUAUUGAUGGGUUUGUCUAUCUGUUUUGGAGAAAUUUCUUGCUCCCCUAUACUCGGUCUAUAGUUACUCAAACUCCCCUACUUCAAACUUAUUUUUUGAUUCGCCCAAAAUAGUAAACUCACCUCUCUUUCUCCCCUCAUAAUCCAAAAUUCCUUGAUUACCCCCCCCCCCUCAAUGCAUCUCCCUCUACUGUCCCUAUUGACCCUAUCCAUGGCCAACUGCCCGUCCUCGUAGAUACUAACUUCUUAGGGUUUCUUUUUUAAUUAUUAAAUAUAAUUAAUAUAUAG